UUUGAGAAAUCUUAAGGUGGGGACUUGCGAUCAUAUGAUAAUUUGGGUCAUAAGAUUCCAUCGGAUUAAUAAAAAAGGUUGUAAACUUUCUUCUAAUAUUCUCUAAGAAAGAAACUGCAAAGGUUGUCUUCAUCUCACACACUCCAUCCCUUUCUUCUUCCCUCUCCCUCUUAUUAUUAGCAUCAAUGAUUACUCAUUAUGUGUAAAUGAAAAUAAAAUGUUUGUUUUUGGUGCAAAUACACAAGAGAUGCUGAAUAGUAGAAUUCCCUUUCUUGGAUGGUUUAAAAUUCAGGGUUUACCUCCAAUGGAAUCAAGUUCCUUUUUUAAAUUACUAACACAAAUACCUUUCCUUUACCCUCUUUCUUCCAUAUACUCAUCUUCCCCAUCUCCUACAUCUAUAUCUCUGUCAAUAUUUGCCUAUAUUACACACACACAUAAAACACAAAUUCUCAUUAGACCCCACAUUCUGAAUCAAUCUUCCAACCCAAAUCUCACUUUUACAGAGAGAUGGGUCGUCAUGAUACAUACCAAAAGCUCAUUUUCUUUUGCCUAUCUAUAUUGUUACUUCACAACAUAUCGAAGAAUGUGGAGGGCUUGGCAUGUAACUGGGGUACACAAGCCAGCCAUCCACUACCACCAAACAUAGUGGUGAAACUCCUUAGGGACAAUGGGUUCAACAAAGUUAAGCUAUUUGAAGCUGACCCUGGUGCACUCAGAGCUCUUGGUAAAUCCGGUAUUCAAGUCAUGGUCGGUAUUCCCAACAAUCUCUUGGAAACUAUGGCUUCCACUGUUACCAACGCAGAGCUCUGGGUUCAACAAAACGUCUCUCAGUAUAUCUCUAGAUAUGGAACUGACAUAAGAUAUGUAGCUGUGGGGAAUGAGCCGUUCUUGAAGACUUACAAAGACAGAUUCGUCCGUGCAACAUAUCCGGCGCUGCAGAACGUUCAAGCAGCUCUGGUGAAAGCUGGUCUUGGCCGGCAAGUCAAAGUGACUGUUCCUCUUAAUGCCGACGUCUAUGAAUCCGGCGAUGGUCUUCCUUCUUCUGGCGACUUCCGAUCAGACAUCAAAACCUUAAUGGUCUCCAUCGUUAGAUUCCUUGCUAAUUCUGUCUCACCCAUUACCUUCAACAUCUACCCUUUCCUCUCUCUUAACGCCGAUCCAAAUUUCCCGCGCGAAUACGCUUUCUUCCCUAAAGGAGGAGGCGGCGGCGGAGCUAAGCCCGUCGUCGACGGAUCAAUCUCUUACACGAACGUUUUCGACGCAAAUUUCGACACUUUAGUCUCGGCGCUUGAGAAAAACGGAUUUGAUCCGAACAAAAUUGAAAUCAUCGUCGGAGAAGUCGGGUGGCCAACCGACGGCGAUCAAAAUGCGAAUCCGGCGAUGGCUCAGAGAUUCAAUCAAGGAUUAUUGAAUCGUAUCCUUCAAGGACAAGGAACGCCUCGUCGGAGAACGGCGCCGGAAGUUUUCUUAUUCUCAUUAGUAGACGAAGAUGCCAAGAGCAUUGAUCCCGGAAAAUUCGAACGACAUUGGGGAAUAUUCUCUUAUGACGGCACCGUUAAGUAUCCUCUGAGUCUCGGUAACGGCCGUCCGUUGGUUCCGGCUAAAGGUGUUCGUUACUUGGCACGUGAGUGGUGCGUGCUCUCCACUCAAGCUGCGGGGAACGGUGCGUGGCAGGCGCCUGCUACGUACGCGUGUCAAAACGCCGACUGUACCUCGCUCGGGCCGGGUUCCUCUUGCGCUGCCUUAGACCCGACCGCGAACGCUUCUUACGCCUUCAACAUGUAUUUUCAAAAAAUGGAUCAUCGUCGUGGCUCAUGCGAUUUUAACAAUCUUGGGGUUCUUACUAAGAUUGAUCCGUCGAGUGGCUCGUGUAGGUUUCCUAUCGAAAUCGACACGAGCAGGCAGCAGAUGUUGAAGCCGCCACCGAGGAAUUCCGGUGCAUCCGAAGCAAAUUGUAGGUUGGCGGCAGCGGUGGCGAUGGUAAUCGGUUUGGUGUUCUCUAAUUGAUCCUUGGGGAUGUUUUUUCUUUCUUUCAUAGAAAUGUAAAUACAACGGUCCAUAGUUGGAUAACUGGACAUAUAAUUAUUCUUUCUUAGAACUUGUUUUCCUUUUUUCACUUGCUAUGUAAAUUAUGAUAGGUUAGUAAUGAUGAUCUGAUUCGUAAUA